CGCUUAGUCCGGUCACGCUAGUAAGGUCCUGGGUACGAGGCAGAAUGAAUGGAAUCUUUCUCCUUGAAGAAAGUUUUCUAGCUAAGGCCUUGUUACUGACUAAAACAAGAAUCAUUUGUUGGUGCGUAACACUAAAGAUCGCACACUUGCCUUUGGUUUAUAUUCAGGCGCGGCUACACAGCUACAAGAUGGCGGACCGUGUGAAACAACUAAACGAGAUAUCGGAUGUUUUAGAAAAAUCUUCACAAAAUUUAGACUCUUUGCUAAAGAAAAUAGGCUGGAAUAAAAGGCAUCUUGUUAAGAACAACAGAAACUAUGCCAAGUGUCCAAUUGAUAGCAAUCACUUCAUGCCAUCAACUUCAAUAGAUAGACACUCUGUGAAGUGCAAGAUGGAAAGAGAUAAUAUCAAACCACAGGAUCUGUGCCCAAGCUCUGACUUUUUCUACAAUCAUUCUCCUGGUGUUGUGUCGGUUAAGAUAGAUAAAAAAGAAUACAACAGUUUUAAGCAGCUGGAUAAUCCAGGAGGUGAGCAAAGUGGAACAAAACAAGAUACCAUCCCCCCUCUAGAAAAGGCAUCUUGGUCAAACCCUGGAAUUAGUGACGUUAUAACUGGUGACAUGUUAUCCACGGGAACAAAAUCCAUGAAAUCUGAUAACCAGAGCACAAGUACAGUGACUCCAUGGCAACCAUCAGCCAAUGAGAAGGGUCUACAAGAAAUACGGGCCAUAAGCCGAUGGGUGGAGGUCCCUCCUGGUUACCACCAUCUCGACAUCCGGGUACUAGACGAGAACGCCAUCAAGUCAUGGAUACACGAGAACCUGCCCAGGACACAGUAUUUGAGCUCGGUACCGGAUGGAAACACCUCUCUCGUGAAUUUCAUCUUGUCGUGCCUGAAGGAGCCAAGAGUCGCCAGCCCUGGCGGUAUGAGAGACCAACUGCUGGACCUGAUGGGCGAAGAAUCUACGGAUGACUUUUUGCUGGAUCUCUGGAAAUUCCUCGCCAUCUCCAUCACAUGUAAUAAACAUGCGAUAACAGAGGGGCAAAGAAUCUCUGCUGAAAAUGUUCCAGAAGAUACAGAAGAACUAAAUAUAGAGAAGGCUCCACUUCCCAUGUCACGCGUGGACUUUGACCUCACUGUCAGUCAGCGAUUAGCAAUGUAUGAUUACGUCAUCCAGACGGCAAAGACGCGCAAGCGCAAUGCUCGUGAUGAUCUCAGUGGACUAGUAGCUUCUGAUGACCCGGAUGCAGCUAGCAACCAAGAUUUAUUAUUUCCUUUAUCCAUCGAGUUGACGUGUUAAUCUCUUCUGCCUGGAACCAUUCUGUGUUCGUCUCGGAUGUAUCCUCUCCUAAUAUUUCAUUUGACGUGUUAAUCUUCCUGUCUCGUGUUUGUGUUCCAUCUCACACGUACUCCUUCUUCCAAUGUUUGAUUGACAUGCUGAUCUUUUGUUCCUUGAAUCAUCUUUAUCCUUAUAAAUAUCCGUAUUAGCCUUGUGGGUUGAUCACGUGUAUUAGCAAAUGGUAAGAGAGGCCAAUCACUCGGUCUUUUUACGCUCUCGCUCAAUAUCGAGUCACACAAAGUGAUCAUUUCCAUCGGCUAAAUCACGCAAGUAGCUGGGGUACUUUCAAUCAAUCGUUAUCAGACUUCAAUCGCGGAUGGUAAUUUUUUCCUCAAAUACAAACAAUAAAAGAAGAGUAGUUGACCGACAUUUUCUUUAGGAAGAGCUAAUUGUGUUGUCCAAUAAACGAUUCAUACCUGACUCCAAAGAGGCACAGCCAUGACUAGCGAGUGAGACAUGACUAGCGAAUGAGGCACAGCCAUGACUAGCGAGUGAGACAUGACUAGCGAAUGAGGCACAGCCAUGACUAGCGAGUGAGGAGAGUGUGCGAUUGUAUGAAGUAUGUCCAAUCAACCGUGGAGCAUGUUUACACGCCCACACAUAACAACGAUGGAAACCCCUGAAAGGGCAUGAAGGCGUGACUACGCUUCUGAUGGAAAUCCAUAUGAGGGCGGGUAGGGGUGACUACGCUUCUGAUGGAAAUCCAUAUGAGAGCGGGUAGGGGUGACUACGCUUCUGAUGGAAAUCCAUAUGACGGCGGGUAGGGGUGACUUUAAAAAGGUGAAUUCAGAGAAUGAGGCAACCUAGCCCGCUUACCUUGACAUUUCAAAUGGUCCGUCUUGCAAUAUAUUCAACGCGCUUUUAUUGAACUCUAUGGGGAUUAGCCGAACUGUAUUCCAUUUUCCUGAAUUGCGAUCAUAAGAUACGGAGUCUAGUGCUUGAAGCACCUGCUCAGGAAAAUGAAAAGAGCUUAAUGCAUGCACUAUACGCCUGUUUAGAAAGAAGCUGGCGAAAGAGACUAUUUUCUCGUCAUUAAAGGAAUUACCGGGGAUACUCGGGGAAAACUGGUUUUCAAGAAAAGCCUAACUUUAUAAAGUCAACACUUCAUUCAAUGCUUUUGUUGUUGUUUUGUUUUUUUUUUUGCAAAUUUUCUUGUAAAUUGUCGCGGCUUCUGUGUAUUUUCGUAUUAUGGUAUUAUUAGGAAGAUUGCCGCAUUUCGCUCGUAGGUUUUGCAAUUACCAUGGGCGCACGCACGGAACCUGAUAAGUAACCGAUAAUUCAAGUUUCCGUGAAGCGAGUAGCAGGAUGUUGGAAAUCGGUAUUUCUUUAUAGUGAAAAUAAAAAAACUGGAAAAUUAUCAUCUAAAUUAGACUUAUCCAAAGUAACAAUUAACUCACCCUCAGAUCACUUACUUUAAUUGAGUAAACUAGUGAAGAUAAGACAUAAAAUUUUCUUAUCUUAGUAAAGUAUUGCAAUUUUUUUUCAAAAGGUUUCUAAACUACAGUUUAGCAUCUCGUACAUGACAUACCUCCAGCUGCUGCAAGUGUGGUCCUUGCUUUCCAAUGCUUUCUUUGUCUCACUUUGUCUCACUAGCCCUAGAGCAUCUACGCUGGUAAACGCUCGCGUUGUAAAACAGUAACGUGUUCCGAUCGAAUAGUCAUUUCCUACCGCGUAUUUGCAUUUCGCCGGCUAUUAACGCAGAUUGUGCUGUUAGCACAGCGUGGAUGACAUUAAAUCCCUGCCAAGCUCUCGUCAUUUAAGGAAAUUCAUCAGCUCUGGACUCACUUUAUUUAGUGUUGUCAAAAGAGCUACCGGCAGCGCUCGGUACAAUACGGUUUUAUUAGUGUACAAUAGGGUGUCGAUCGCUUACAAAUAUAGGACAGCUUUACUCGGCAAACAUCAUAGCCGCUGGAACAAAUAUCACAAAUUUCUAGACAGUAGGAUACAGAAUGAAACCAGUGAAUUCUUUCUAUUUGGAAUACUGAGACAAAUGCAUGACCUCCUGCCUCUGGAGCAUUUUUCUCAGAUUAUUGAGAAUUAAUGUGCUACAUUUUCGCCUGAUUAAUAUGUCUUCUUGAAAUAAUAUCAAUAUUAUCAAAACACGGUGCAAUAUUUGUGUUCUUGUAUCCGUUUUUAUACCUUCUUCAACUCAAAUAAUGUUCUAGCGCGUAAAAUUAACGAGGCUGUGUUGACAGAAGCAAUGGAUGAUAAGGGAGACAUGAAGCACGCCCCGCUAACCAAGUCUCGCCUGAGAGAGCCUCGAAAACCCCUAUCCAUAGCCUUUAUGCAGUGACUCAAUUAUAAUAUAUAAGCUAAUGGCUAUCUAAAUUUAAAUGUGUUAUAAGGGCUUUCGGCCACUAUAAAGAAAAGAUAAGAGAUAUCGCACUUGUCUUGCUCGAUUUGUGUCACAAUCACACUUUAAUACUAUUAAAAAAUAAUCAGCUUUGCCAAAUAUCGAAGCCUAAUGGUAUCGAAGACUGAUCUUAAUUUGGGCGUAGCAAGUGAUAUCAGGAGCUGAUCUAGUUAUAUCAGGAGCUGAUCUAGUUAUAUCAGGAACUGAUCUAGUUAUAUCAGGAGCUGAUCUAGUUAUAUCAGUAGCUGAUCUAGUUAUAUCAGUAGCUGAUCUAGUUAUAUCAGUAGCUGAUCUAGUUAUAUCAGUAGCUGAUCUUAUCAGGAGCUAACCUAGUUAUAUCAGGAGCUGAUCUAAUUAUAUCAGGAGCUGAUCUAGUUAUAUCAGGAGCUGACCUAGUUAUAUCAGGAGCUGAUCUAGUUAUAUCAGGAGCUGAUCUAGUUAUAUCAGGAGCUGAUCUAGUUAUAUCAGGAGCUGAUCUAGUUAUAUCAGGAGCUGAUCCAGGGGGGUGGAUCCAUGGGGCAAUAGGUGCACAAGCGCAAUGGUAGAUCUAAAAUCGAUUUACAAAACUUUUAAGUAUUAAAAUACUUGAAGCCAUGUAACAUUGUUUUCACCGAUGACGCACAAAUAACUAAUUGGACUAGCUUGAUAUAUUGGUUUUCCUUACAUCACUUUUUUCCCC